GUCUCGGUCAGUUUGUUGGUACUCGAACUAUAGGAAGGAGCUCGUCUCUAUUUGUCUUGAACUUAAAGCUCUAAUUAGGGUUGAAUGAGCCUCUAGACGUCUCCUGUAAUUUAUAAUAAUACUUACAAAUAUUCAGACUUUAAACUUAGUGAAACAAAAUGGAAUUCUGUUCGAAAACUGAGACAUUUUACAUGACUGAAAUCUACUACUUUUACAAAACUAAAGACACAUAAACAGCUGUAAAAAUGUCAACGGGAAAAAGGAUCGCCAAGCGAUCAAUCCUGGGAACUCGUGUUGUUGCUCCUGGAAUCGACGGUCGAUUCUAUCCGGCCAUUAUACAAUCGGCAAAAACUUACGGUGAUAGUUACGUCAGUGAAAACAGAUACUUGGUCAGAUUUGAUAAUAGUAGAAAAGUGAGUGAGUUCGGAGAAAGUGAACUGAUAGGACCUGGAUUCUCCGGAGUAUCAGCGGUUGGAACUCUGUUGUCUGGUCAGAGGGUGUAUCUAACCCACGGAGGGAGGGAGGUCGAGGGAACAGUCUGCCAACAUGAUGUUAAGGCUGAUAUUGUGACAGUAAACAUGUCGAUUGGAGAACCACUGACUGUAAGAACGGAUGAAAUUCGUCUGCUGGAAAGUCGAAAAUCAAAUCGUCUAAUGGUUCGUCAAACUUCCGUCCAGGAUUUUUCAAAACUUGCGGAUUACAAUUUCGUCCAUGACAGACGAAGGGGGACUGAACGUCGCAGACUGAACAGUGAAAUUUCUUCAAAUUCCGACAGCUCAGAAGUUUUUGGGUCCAGAAAGAGGAGAGGAAGUGAAACUGUAUCCGAAGAAGGUUCAAGUAGUGAGGAAUAUUAUCGUCUCAGAAGAUUAGAGGUUGAGGUUGGAGGUUUAGGUGCUCCGGGAGGUUCUCGAGCUCAUGAAGUUUCCAGGGACUCCAGGACGGAGUUCCUGGCUGUAAAGAAGACUGAACAGGAACGAUCAUCUUCUCCGGUUAUGUCCGAAUGCACAGCCGCACUGGUACUGAUGGAUCUGUAUGGUUCUCCUGUAUCUCGGAGUUCUCAUCUCUCAGGAUAUUCAGAUGGUUCUUCCGGUCAGAUGUCCCCUUCGUCCAGUGGAGUCUCAUCUCUGGGUAGCUCCUGGAACUCACCUACUCUCACCCCUCCCUUCCCCCUUCCCUCCGAUAGCCCUGUAUCCGCCCUCCUAGAGCUCUCCGGAGACUACGCUGUAGAGAAGAGUGACUCCGACGAGGGGAUCGCCAGCGAUCAUUCCUUUGAGUGUCAUGAAAACAAAAAAAUUAAAAAGACUGAAAGUGUUCGGGUUAUCUUCCAGUGUACCUGGAGAAACUGCAACCAUCAAGAAACCCAGUGCCAAGCCAUAGAAGCUCAUGUUCGUCAAGUUCAUCUUGGUAGAUCUCAGCCGACAGAGGAGGAGGAGGAGGAGCACGAGGAGGAGUUCUACUACACAGAGUUCGAGAUCCCUGACGCGGAGGAUAUCCCCGAGGAUAGUUUGGUUGUAGAGGACGGCGAUAUUUCUCCUCAUACUAGAACCACCAGCUCCAGUCUUUCAGACACCAGCUCCAGCUCCAGAUCCUCCCAGCAGGAGGAGAGAACCAUCAUGAUAGACGGGCACAGAUUCCUCUCCCCCUCUCCUAUCCAAGGCCCCACCAUCCUGCCCAUCCUAGCCGACCACUGUGACAUGGCCAGACCUCCACAUGAGAAUCCCGAGUACACAGCCCAGAGAACAGGGUGUGCCCAGCUGCUCUCUUCUUCCACCCCAACCUACGCCACCAUCAUCUCCCCCUCCAGCUCCCUUGGUCUACCCAUAGCCAUCCCUAUCACAACCUUUACUAUAUCUGGUGGCGGGGUUCCAGGCAAAUAUAUCAGAUUAUCUCCUAAACCUUGUCCCUCAACCUCUCCUAAAUCCCCGGUUAGAAGGCCCAGAGGAGACGCUAAAAAGUGCAGGAAAGUGUACGGCAUGGAGCAACGUGAUCUAUGGUGUACCCAGUGUAAGUGGAAGAAAGCUUGCACAAGGUUUGGAGAAGCAGAGACCAUGAAUCUGAACAGCUACGAAGCUCAAACUAAUUAGAUGAUAGUUUAAUCUAUCAUCUAGUUAGAUCUAGCUAAAUAACAGUUAUCUCAAGUUGGCAGAUGUUCUUAUUCUCGGCUAACUAAUUGUGAUCUUAGGAUUGGAUGAGUAAAUUCUAUGUUUUAAACCAGCAACAAGAUCUUCGUCAAUAGGACCCGGAUAUUCAGGUUCCCACUAGAUCACUAGGACCUGGAUACCCAUCAGUCCAGUAGUUUACUGGAACCUGGAUACACAGAAGUUCAGUAGUUUACUAGAACCUGGAUACCCAUCAGUAUAGUAGUUUACUAGAACCUGGAUACACAGAAGUUUAGUGGUUUACUAGAACCUGGAUACACAGAAGUUCAGUAGUUUACUAGAACCAGGAUACUCAGCAGUAUAGUAGUUCCCUAAAACCCUGAUACCCAGCAGUCUAGUAGUUCCUAGAACCCUGAUACCCAGCAGUUCAGUAGUUUACGAGGACAUGGAUACUCAACAGUCUAGUAGUUUACUAGAACAUGGAUACCCAGCAGUUCAGUAGUUUACGAGGACAUGGAUGCAGUCCAAUAGUUAACUAGAACCUGGUUACCCAGCAAUUCAGUAGUUUACGAGGGCAUGGAUACCCAGCAGUCCAGUAGUUUACUAGAACAUGGAUACCCAGCAGUUCAGUAGUUUACGAGGACAUGGAUACUCAACAGUCCAGUAGUUUACUAGAACCUGGAUACCCAGCAAUUCAGUAGUUUACGAGGGCAUGGAUACCCAGCAGUCCAGUAGUUGACUAGAACAAUGAUACCCUGCAGUCCUAUAACUAACAUUAAGUCAACAACCUUAAUCAAAGACGAAGAUCUCACUCUUCUCUAAUAUUCUAGCUAGAGCUGUAAACCCUUGAGUACUUAACAUUUACCCCAGGAGCAGUUAACAAGCUAGUAAAACGUACGAUGUAAAUAAGAUUCAAGCAAGUGAACGCGGGUUCGCUUAUCAUGGAUGCAGAAAUUUCUCAGCUCACAGGGUGAGAUUUACAAAAUGAUGCAGACCGGUGACAUCAGAAUAUAAAGAAGAAAAAAUAUAUUUUCUCCUUUAAAUUCCAGAACUCAGAACUUCUAUAUACUGUGAAUACUAUUAAGAUCUGACACAGAACUAGUUAAAGUUUCACAAAAUACCAGUUCAUCAAUUUAUCGAAUUUAAUAUGUUUGACAACAGACAUGUCCUGUUUAUGUUAAGUUUUAAUAUUUUAUUUUUCAAGUUUCAAAAUUUGUUGCGCGUUUUAUUCGGAUUUCAAUUUCUAGAUGUUUUAACCUAAAUUUAUACCUUUCUGCUGUGUAAUGUCGUUUAUUGGGGGGAUAUUUAUUGGCUUCAAUUUGUGAACAAUUCAGGGAUAUUUCUUUAAAUCCCUCAUCCCCUUGAUUUUUGGUAAAUCCAGUAAAAAAAA